AUAUAUAUAUAUAUAUAUAUAUAUCGGAACUCCUCAUAUUUAAACAUUUAUUUCCAUAUUUUAAGAAAAUUUGGAGUAAAGUUUUUUUUAAAUUAUUCAUAAAACAUUUGAAGUAAAAAGUCCGUCAUCCAUCAAUCCCUCCUUCCAUCCAUUCAUUCGUUUAUUCGUUACAUAAUGGAUUUUCCUUCCAAUGACCACUUGAAAUCAUAACAUUAACAAUAAUAAAUAGUAAUAAUGAUGAAAUUAAACAAUACAUUUUAAUAAUUAAUCGGUUCAAUGCAAGCAUCUACUACAUGCUGAUGACAUAUAUUCGACAUUUUAUUCGAGAAGGAACAAAUUGUUUUCAAUUUUUGAAGAGAAGCUAUUAUUAUUGACUAAAACGAAGUGUCCAGCCUCUGCUGACAAACAACAACUGAUAUCCAUUGCACUAGAAGUGAUCAUCGUGGCUCAAGUGGUCAACUGGUGUGUUGAAACGAUUGAUGUUAGUGGUGAACAUCACUUCUCACCAAGGAUGACGGGUACAUCCAACUAACUAAUCCCAAAUAGGAUGAAGUGUACGAAUUUGAUCCUUUCGAAAACUGUCCUCUCUGCUCACCGUUCACACAAAAAACACACACGAACACGCACACAUAUGCGCACAAAUAUUCAGAUAUUAUGAAUUAGAGUCAUGUGUGUUUAUUACUCUGCUCUGAUUAAUUCCAUCUGCCAUUACAAAUUAAAAAAAAAAUUUCAGCUUUAUACGAUGGUAAUAACAACGGCAACAACGACAACAUCAGUAAUAACGACAAACGGCAAGAAAUCAAUGCAAAGAAGACUGUCUUUUUUUGUUUGAAAAGUCUUUUGAGAACAGAAUAAAAAGCGAACAAAACUCCUUCUCUUUUACUCAAUUAGCUUUUGAAGUUUUCAUUUGAAAAUAAUGAAUUCGUGAAUUCAAUAAACCAGACUCAACCCGUCAAAACCUCAUCAAUACUAACUGCUCGAUUUUCAAUUAUUCAGAGUAAAAAUUGCCUGGCUGUUUAAAUGGAUGCUGCAUUCAUCUGGAAUCUCUCCAAACUUGGACGUAUUGGAUCAAGACGCUUACAGUUCGAUGAUGAUUUUGCGGAUCGUUUAAAUUAUCAGUAUACAAGUGUCCUGUUAUUUUUAUUUAUUGGUCUUAUCGGUGUACGUCAAUAUGUUGGAAAACCAAUUCAAUGUUGGAUACCUCAAGAAUUCACACGAGGUUGGGAAGAAUAUGCAGAAAACUAUUGUUGGGUAGCAAAUACAUAUUUUGCACCAAUUGAGAAUCGCCUGCCACCAGUACCCGACAGACGUGAACUCCUCUUAGUUUAUUAUCAAUGGGCGCCGAUUGUAAUGGCUGCACAAGCCUUAUUAUUCUAUUUACCAUGUCUUAUGUGGCGAUUAGGUAUGGCACAUUCUGGUUUCAAUUUACAUCGUGUCUUACAAAUGGCAGCUGAAGCUAAUGAAAUGCUACCAGAAGCAACUGCUAAAACAGUUCGAAUCCUGUCACAUUAUAUCAAGAGUUGUAUACAACGACAAAGAUUGUAUAAAUAUACUAAUCAAUUUAAAAAUUUUGGACUUUACAAUCGACUUGUAAAUGAAGCUCCAGUUGACAAAUCUCAUCAACACUUUCAUCCGCAUACUGGACAAAAUGAUGAGGAACGUAUACCGUGUCCUACAAAAUCUGAAGAAAAUACACUCCCCUGUAUGAUGAUUACCAAAACGCUGAAUGGUAAUUCUGUAAAUGCAAUAAAAAUGCAAAGUGAGCAUACUUUGUGUAAUCAGAGUAUAGACCAUUCGAUAAGCUCAAAUUCAUCUGCAGAUACUUUACAUAAAGGACGUGGAAGGAAAGCCGCUCCACCUCCGCCACCGAAGUCAACGACAACCUUGGAAAAAUCUACAAAACGCUCUACUAUAGAUGGAUAUCAUACUGGAAGUCAACCAGCAGAUGCAAAAGAAGAUAUGAAAACAUCUGAAAAAGUGACUAGUUCACAAGGAAGCAAAAAGAAGCCUCCGUGUAAAGUUUCAAUUGAAAGUAGAAAAUUAGGCGAAUCACUUAAAGAUUUCGGGAAGGAGCACAAGAAAUUCUCUUAUUUAAAUACAUUCAUUUGUUGGUGUUCAUGGUGUGGUAAAGAACAAGGGAAUUUCUUAGUCACAUUAUAUAUGUUUGUUAAAUUUAGUUAUCUAUCCAAUGUGAUUGGACAGAUUUAUCUAAUGCAAUAUUUUAUUGGUACAAAGUAUACAAUGUAUGGUGCUCAAGUAUUAGUUGAUUUAGUCAAAGGACAAGAAUGGCAUCACUCGGGACAUUUUCCAAGAGUAACAUUUUGUGAUUUAGAAGCUAAAAAACUUGGCAAAAAUCAUAUCUAUACUCUUCAAUGUGUUCUACCAUUGAAUAUGUUCUUGGAGAAAAUUUACAUCUUUUUGUGGUUUUGGCAUGUACUGAUUGCCUUUAUAACGCUGAUCAGUUUCAUUGUUUGGUUUUACCGAAUCUAUUGGCCAACAGCACGAAUCAAAUUUAUUACAGAUCAUUUAAAAGUGUUAAAUUUAAUCCCAAUUAAUAAAGAUUUAAAAACUGAGAUAAGAAUACAAGAAUUUGUCAAUUACUACCUAGGCCUGGAUGGUCUAUUUGUAAUACGACUAAUUACAGCGAAUUGUGGUAUUCUCCUGGCGGGUGAACUGACUGCUGAAUUAUGGCAAAGUUAUCAGUAUUUGUGUAAUGAACAAAUUAUCCCUGAACCUAAUACCACUACCACAUAUAUCUGUUUAAAUAAACCACAUAUAAACCUACCUGGGAAUAUUCAUCAUCAAACUGCAAAAGACACCACGCCUUCUUCUAUGCAUGAGUUAUUACAUCAAUGGAAAGGUUUACCAGCUCCGUAUAUCACAUAUAGUCAAUUACCAGGAGCUGUCAACCCCUACUUUUGGAUGGAAAAUCUUAAGCCCAACGGAGAUGAAGACGAAAACACCGAACAACAGCAACAACAGGCGCAAGAGACAGUUAAUCAAGCGCAUCAAUAUGAUUUUAAACAUUCAAAAUUCCCGCUAAGAACAGAUGACCAUGAUGAUCAUUUACUGGGCAGUCACUCGGCCCAUUUUGGGAGUCAAUUGUCUACAAGUAAUAAAAUGAAACAAAAUAAUAUGCAUCGAUCACAUUCACGACGGUUAGGUACCUCCACAGAUGAUAUAGUCUAACCUAGGCAGAUAUAUACAGAUAUAAAUGUAUACUCAAUUGCUUUAGCGGGUUUUUCUGUGUGUAUGAAUGUGUAUGUUCCCUUAUUUGUUUGUUAACUGAUAUUAAUUUCAUUCCUAAUCUUAGCUAUCAGAAAUUUUAAACUUUGAGGUUAAAUAGACUAAUGUUUUAAACAAAUCAUUUGUUCAAUGUUUUGCUUUGUCAUAACUGUAUCGCUUUCUAUCACUAAUAAUAGACACAUGAAUACAGAUAUAAAUAUAAAUAUUUACAUUCACUUAAACUAUUAAUUUUCAACUAAUGAGUAACAUAGUCCACUGGAAACAAUUCAAAAUUCAAAUUACGCGCGUGUGCAAAAAUAUCACUUAAAACAAAAAAAAUAAUUCAUUGAAACCAUUGAGCAUCGACAAGAGUUUAGAUUUUUAAAUUUCUUCUUUUUUUUCUAGUCUAUUUUAAUUCAAAAUGCAACAGAGAAACAGAAAAUAACAAGAGGAAAUUGCUUUCUAUGUGAUUUCAGUCAACUCAAUUGUUUGACAUACUUAUAGCACCAUUAUUAUUAUUAUUGUUAUUACUAUUAUCAUUACUGAUUAGUAAUUAAUCUUUACCGCGGUAUAUGAUUUUUCAAAAUUAGACACUUUACAAUCUUCAAAACUCACCAGUAUUGUUUGAGUAUUAUUCAGAAAGCAAGACUAAAAAUUGUCACUUCAGUCUAAAUUAGUUACGCUUUCCGGUUUGUUUAUUUGUCAAGUUAUUGUUGAAAGAAAAUUCACCGCGGUAUUUGUGAGUGUCAUAAGAAUUCAGUUUAUUGUUUUGUCUUUUUAAUUUUCUCUCGUGCAAUUAUGUUAUUAUUUCAGGUUAAUAAAAUUAUAAUAUUUGCUGUAAAUGACAUAAGUCUUUUUCGUGUUUUUCAAAAUGUAAGCUUUACUGAUUUGAAUUAAAUACAUUAAAUACUUUUCUUC